AUGGGGUUGGACAAUGUAACACCGUAUUACUUCAAAGCCUCCCAUAUCACAACGUCUCAAGAUAUUACAUUGGCUACUUUGGUAACUCGCAACCGUUUCCAAGUUUUAAGCAGGUUGGCGACAAACUACCAAGGUCCUAUUUCAGCUGCUAUUCACGUAUUAGAUGAUGAUGAAAAGUUAGCCACUAUUAGAGAGCUCGUCAAAAUCUACAGCACCAAUCCCGAUAUGCAAAAAUAUGUCGAUGUUCACCUCAUCAUUGAUAAAUUCGAUCGACAAUUUAAUAUGUGGCGUAAUAUUGCCAAACUUUUCACUCGGACCGACUAUUUGAUGAUGCUGGAUGUUGAUUUCCAUCUUUGUACAAAUUUCAGAAAGACAAUUUUCUCAAAUAAGAAUAUUUUCGAUAUGUUAGCUUCUGGUAAAACAGCACUUGUAGUACCUGCUUUUGAAUACAUCAAUCAGAAAGAUGGUAUGGACUGGCGCACUUUUCCUACAAAAAAAUCUGAGGUGAUAGAACAAGUGACAAGCCAAGGCAAGUUGGAUAGCUUUCAUAGCUCUUGGACAGCGGGUCACGGCGCUACUAAUUAUACUCGUUGGUAUGAGGCGGAUGAGAUAUAUCCUGUAACAGAAUAUGAGUAUUCGUACGAGCCUUACAUCAUUUAUAAGAAAGAUAACACACCUUGGUGCGACGAGAGAUUUAUUGGUUACGGCGCAAAUAAGGCAGCUUGUCUUUAUGAGAUAUUCAUUUCAGGUAUAGAUUAUUGGGUUCUGCCCAAUGACUUCUUGAUUCAUCAGUCUCAUAAAUAUGCAAACCAUGAUCGUACGAGAGAGCGUGUACAUAACAAGGAACUGUACGAAAACUUCAGAACUGAGAUUUGUCUACGUUAUUCAAGAAAAUACGUAAUCGAAGACACUUGGUAUACACCAGCCGCCGAUAACAUGAAGAAAGUAUGUACAAAUAUACCCAAAUGGAAGUAUUUGUCAGGCAUUUCGAAAGAGCAACGCUUAAAGGAUCUAGCUGAAGAAGCAGCCUUAAAAGCGCAACAGGAGCAACAAACUGCAGGCAACUAUCAAGAUGCUCAAGAAACACCAGUCAGCGACAGCAUUGAAGUAGCAUCCAUCCCAGAAGCAGCGACUGCAAAGUCGGCAGAGUCAGAAGAACAGUACGCUGAAAAGACUGAUGACGCAGCAUCAAGCGCACAAAGUGAAGAACUUCGAAUGGAAGAAGUGAUUGCCACUAUUUAG